UAAUGGACUCUUUCCAAUUUCUAGGCAUCCAAUGGUGACUUUGUUUCAUCUUAUGUUUCGUACCGCUGCUCUGGUUGUGUACGAGUUGUGUGGGUUUGUUAGCAAUGGCUUCAUUGGUCCAUUCAUUACCAUUGUCAUACUUCUCUCUAUGGACUUCUGGACAGUCAAGAACAUUACAGGACGUCUUAUGGUUGGCCUUCGUUGGUGGAAUUACAUAGAUGAUGAGGGUCAGAGCCAUUGGGUGUUUGAAGCCCGUAAGGGUCGAGUGUCACAGACUGAAGUGCGAGUAUUUUGGGUCUCCCUGGUUGCCUUCCCUCUCAUCUGGUCCAUCCUCUUCCUCAUUGCAGUUGCUUUUUUCGAAUUCAGAUGGGCUAUGGUUGUAUUGAUUGCCCUUUCCUUAACCGGUAGCAAUUUAUAUGGUUAUGUACGGUGUAAGUUUGGCAAGUCUGAGAGUAUUACACAGACUUUUAAGAAUAUGACAACAGGAUUGGUUCAGAAGCAAAUGAUGAGCAAUAUUGCUAAUAUGUUCACACGAACACCACCUACAACGGCUCCCAACACUACUGUGUGAAAGACUGAGAAACUAAAAAAACUGAAGAAUCGUGAAAAUAUUCAUAUGUAUGCAUUGAGUCACUUAAUAAAUCUGUUAUUAGCUAUAUAUGUUCAAAACAAAUUAAUUACAAUAAACAUUUGUUUUUA